AGACCAUUUGCUCUAUGAUCUCUGCUGGCCACUGCUCGCUGCAGCGGUGGGACUACAAUUCCCGGCGUGCACGGCGGCUGUCGCGCACGCGCGGUGAGGCGGCGGUCGGGACCGGAGCCGGAGCCGGAGCCACGGGGCGGGAGCGCGGCCCGGGAAUUGUUGAGUCAGAAGAACUUUGUCGCGUGUGCAAGCAAAGUUAGUUGCUUCAAACUCCACCCUUUGUCUUGGCGAAUUCUGCAUUUUGCAGACUGCCAGUGAGCGUUUAAUAUGGCCGUGGCCUUGAAACAAGUGUUCAAUAAGGACAAGACGUUCCGCCCCAAGCGCAAGUUUGAGCGGGGCACGCAGAGGUUUGAACUGCAUAAGCAGGCACAAGCAUCGCUGAAUGCGGGCCUGGAUCUGAAAGUUGCAGUUCAGCUCCCUUCCAACGAGGACCUCAAUGACUGGGUGGCCGUACACGUGGUGGAUUUCUUCAACCGCAUUAACCUGAUCUACGGAACGGUUUCCGAGUUCUGUACCGAUACCACAUGCCCAAUAAUGUCAGGUGGACCUCGGUAUGAGUACAGAUGGCAGGAUGAGAAUAAAUACAGGAAGCCCACCGCACUGUCUGCGCCACAGUAUAUGAGUCUCCUCAUGGACUGGAUUGAAACCCAAGUCAACAAUGAAAACAUCUUUCCGACCAAUGUUGGAACUCCAUUUCCCAGGAACUUCCAGCAAGUUUGCAAGAAGAUCCUCUCUCGUCUUUUCCGUGUUUUCGUCCACGUUUACAUCCACCACUUUGACCGAAUCGACUUUAUGAGAGCCGAGGCCCAUGUUAAUACUUGUUACAAACAUUUUUACUACUUUGUUAAAGAGUUCAACCUUAUAGACAACAAAGAAUUAGUACCACUGAAGGAGAUGACCAUGAGAAUGUGCCAUUGAAAAGUGUCAUUGAUCAACUGCAGAAGAAGGUGUUCCAUCUCCAUCGUUGUUGAAAUGGAAUAUCAUACCAAAAACAAACUUGAAGGAAAAUUGGUCGUCCAAUUUCAAUGUUGAAAUGUGAAAGAUUAAAACGUCUAGAUGUGGAAUUUUCUCUUGAUGCAGGAGGCUACAAUAAUUGUAGAAAAUUCUUUUGGGCACCAAGGCAUCUGCCUAGGACAGUUAAUAGCUUACGUUUCAUGACCACUGCAAAUAACGUGAUUCUGCGGCUAUAAUGGUGCAAAAGAAAUGAAGAGAGAAAUAGUAUUGCUUUGUAUAAAAUUAAUUGAUAUUUUAUGCAUUUCAUUGUAUAUGAAGUGUCUUAGAAUGUUUUUGAUCCGUUUGAUAAAGCACUAUGAAAGGCAAGUACUGUCCAUGACCUGAAAAAUGAACAGUUCAUUUAUCUUGCUCACUUGCUCAACAGUUCCAGCUGAUUUAAUAAGGUUUGGCUUAUCAAGUCAAAAGCCUGUGUAGAACAGUUUGCAACAUUCCUUGCACAUUGACUUCAACAGGAAUUCCAUAUGUAUUUCCCACAAUGGUACAGUCACACAGUUCUCUCUUGUGGCACAAAUUCUCUGAAAAUAUAUUUUGUCCUGAAUGGUACAUAUAAUAUGUGCAUAUUUGGUUGUUUCAACUGAAAGAAAACAGUUGGCAGACAUUUUUUAAAUAUUUAAAGAAGAAUUAUAUACUUUUUUACUAUAUUUCUUUAAAUCUUUAGUGUCACUGAACGCUAUAAUACAGUCUAGUUUUUCAAUUCCUGGGGACAUCUGUGGUGAAAGGUUAUUUUUUAAAUUUAUAUCAUAUUUUUCUUUGUUAUAUCACUUGCUUCGAUUUCCAACUGGCUGAAAUUUGUUAUUUCUGCUUUUGAUUCCGUGAGAAAUUUCUGCUUCUAAGAUUAAAGUGUAAAAUUAUUGAAA